CUUUGGUGUUGUUUGUGCUUCCCUGGGGCUUGCAGUGGCAGUGGAAAAAGUUGAAUAGUCACGGGAAAAAAAGUGCGUACAGGAUUACGACGGGGUAACGUAAGAUGUAGAAUUUGGUGGGCCUCUUUUCCCAGGGAAAAGAAGCAGUGCUAAGGCCAGUGUAUUUAGAAUAGUAGAGAUUUUUGUUGUUGAGGGGAUUCAAUUAUGAUGGAUUCCCACCGUAGGAAGAAGAAAGACGAAGAUGGAGAAAGUGGUGAUCGGAAUUUCCUUGGGCUGUCCACGACCAUAGCCCUGCAGAGGUUGCACGACGAUAUCGAGACGGUGCUGUGCGCGUACGAGGAGCGUUUCGCCAAGCAGAGAUGGUUGGUCAAGCUGAAAUCUCCUAUUGUCAGGAGUCCUUCGAGUGUGAUCAGCUGGUUUUCGCUGCUGGCCACGGUGAUGGUUGUAGUAUCGUUUUUUCUGGUUGGCUAUAGCCUUUCAGCGGGUUUUAUUCUAUGCCUUCUGCUGUUGACAUUCGUCAUCAUCGUUCGGGAAGACCAUCUGAAGCAGACGGAAAUGUUCCGAAAAGUUCGAGGGGUACUGGAGGAAAUCAAAUGCGGCACGGAACUAUGUCGCGAGUGGACAGCGGUUAACUAUCCCCACCUAUGCAGUCCGCUUUCGCCGUGCGUAGCCUUGCAGUGGACUUAUCGGGAUGGCAAGAUUGUCAAUCUUCCGUGGGCUCUUUUGGUCCGGGGAGAUUACAUCGUCAUGCGACCAGGGCAGGUGUCACCGGGGACAUGCACGGAAGAAUCCGGAAAGAAGUCUUUCAAAUGCGGUGAAACCUACGGACUGAGCCAGGAGAUGGAGCCUCCGAAAAAACCGACGGCGCGAGCACCGAUGCCGGACUUAAUAUGCGUGGUGGACGUAACUCCAUAUUUGGAGAAUCUACGCACUACAUUGGAUAAUUUCCAGAAUCGUCCGACCACCAUAAUCGAUCAACAGCGGCAUCUUCUGAUUAGCAAAUGCAUCCAACAGUGGGGAUUCCUAAUUGUCCUACUCCUGACGCUUACCGUUGGAGCUCUGCGCUACCUGGGAUACUACUUGAAUGGGAAACUUCCGACCAACUGGAUGAACGUAUUUCUGUUGAACCCGACGGCCGCAUUGCUUCCGGUUCUCCCGCUGAUGUUUCCGCUGCUCUGGAUAACGAUCAACCUGUGGGGAACGGCCCGGUUGGAAACGCUUCUAUCCAUCCCGCAAUCGGUGAUGCGAGCAGAGGCACAAAAGUCCUUCCAAGAGGAUCUGGAUACACCGACCGGAGAUCUGGAUCACGUGGAACUUCCCCGCCGGGUGAUUGCCUACUUCUGGUGGGAGUUGUUUCUCGGUCGCAGCGAACUGCUCAGCCGAAGCGCCAAUGUCGUUCAGGUGCUGGGAAGCAUCACGGCCCUCUGUUGCGUGGAUAAGAAGGGAAUCCUAUCGUGGCCAAAUCCGACGGCCGAGAAGGUGUUCUUCCUGAGGAAUUCAUCCAACAACGAUAACAGCGGGACGGAUCAGUCCGACCAAAGCAGUUUGAACUCUCAGUGCUGCCAGGAACACUACCAUCCACUCUCGCAUAUUAUCGAGCUGAGCUCCCAGAAGGAAGGCAGCGGAGCGAUCGCCGAGGUGCUGGAUCUGACGCACGACCAGCACAGUCCGUUCAAGCUGGAAUUCGACGACCACGACUUUAAGCACCACCUGAACUCAUUGAAACCGUUGGGCCUGGCGAUCCUGGUGAACACGUGCUGUCCGCACACGCAGGCCCACUAUGCCAAGUUCUGCGGCCAUGUGACGGCCGUCGCAAUGCUAGACAAGGACUUGGUCCCCGUGACCAACCGGUAUGCGAUUGUAGAGUCGAGUUUGAAUAGCUUUAUGCAUGGCCGCUGUCUGUGCGAACUCGCCCGCCAAAUCGGAUUCACCAAAAACGCCCGGGACAUUUUUAGCCUGGAAGGACAAAUCUCCAGCUACCGGCAUCUGCAACCGGACGUCGUACGGCGGGACAUCAAAUUCGCCCGAUCCCUGCAGCUGGCAGCCAAGGUGAAGGUCCCGUUCCCGCACUCGCUAUCGGUGGUGAUGCGAGAGAAUCCCGGCGGUUCAUUGCAACUGCUGACGCAAGGCACGGCCGAUAUUGUACUGGACAGUUGCGACGAUUACUGGAACGGGCAGGAUCUGCACCCACUUACGGAGAAGGAACGCAAGCGGGCGCAGGAUUUCUACCAACGAAGUGCCCUCACAGCGUACUGUACGGCAUUCGCCUACCGACCUCUGAGGCACGGUAUAACGGGGGCACUGUCCGGAGAGAUUGAAGGGGAGAUUGCCUACCUGGAACUGCCUCCGGAGAGCAAGCAUCGCAAGGAUAUGUUCAACAGGAAUCACCAUCUGAUGGACUACGCCAAUGGAGGUGCACCGUUGACGCACCAUUCGAUCAGUACGGAUUCGUUGCUGUUCACCGAGAAUAAGGACGACGACAUUUCCGACGCGGACGGGUGCUUCGAGAUGCAGUGCCAUCAGGUGUUCAUCGGGAUGAUAACGAUGCAGUACCAGGCACAGACGGAUAUCGUUCAGCUGAUUGAACGGUUGGAGAGGGCUUGCAUUCGGUUUGUGCACUUCAGCAAGGAGAACGAACUACGAUCGAGGGUAUUUUCGGAGAAGAUGGGUCUGGAGUCGGGAUGGAAUUGCCACAUUUCAUUGUUGAGCGAUAGUGAUAGUACGGUGGCUUCGCCAACGAAGCAGUUCGAAUUCAAGGUACAUCCAUCGGGGUCGAAUGGACAGACGCAGGUCGAGGAAGAGAAUGAACUGAACAAACUUCUACCGAACCUGGAGAGUUCGAAGGCGUUGAGCUCUUCGGCUCCCGGGGCAAUAUCGAAUCCGGAUUCCAGUCUACUGGAUCCGCCGAUUGUUCUUCAAAAUAAGAAUCCUUCCGUUCAUCAAUCGCACGAUAGUUUCGAAAUGAGAGACCUUAGGCAGCAUCACCAUCUACAUAGGGGAUCUUCGCAGGAUUCAGCCAUGGACUGCGCUGGGAACGACGACAACUGCCAUUCGUUGAGCUGCCUGACCGAUAGCACCGAGCAGAGCGCCCCGAUAAACUUCGACAUGUCGAACCGGGCCAAGCUGCCGAGAGGAAUCGAGAACAUUCGACCUCACUUGGAGUACGUUGACAACGUUCCUCUGUUGGUGUCCCUGUUCACCGAUUGCUCAGCGGAAGCAACCCGCGAGAUGCUCAAAAUAAUGCAACAGUACGGCGAAAUCGUUGUCUGCCUUGGAUCUUCUGCUUCGAACUCAAAUUCGGAGAUUUUCCUCCAGGGAGAUUGUUCGAUAGCCAUCGAACCACUCUAUCCGCAGGUAUGCCAAGACUACCCGGCCUACACUGAGUCCAACAUCUACAAUAACAAGGCCAAUGUUCGCCCUGCCUCGCAAAGCAAACUACUGCUGACGAGUCCGCAGAAAAUCGUUACCAUUUCGCCCGUCUACCUCAGUCGAAUGCUGAACUCCAUCUCCUGCUCGAUCGCUACCUGCCGGGACGACCCGAUCUCCAUAGUAACCGUAAUUGAGCUCUCCCGUCGCUUCAUCCAGGGCCUCUGGAGUAGCAUCCAGUUUUGGGCUUGCUGCGCCGUAUCCCUCGCAGCUAUGAACACCAUCACUGCUAUCCUAUCGCUUCCUCCGAUGGUCGUCCCGCAUCACGUCCUCUAUCUGAUGUGCUUCGCCGUCCCGCUUAUCUCCCUUUCCCUACUCCGAGUAGAAUCCGACCCAGCCAUCAUGAAGCGUGCCACCGGCAAGAAGCAGACCUCUCUCGACUCCCGCCUUAUCAUCUUCGUCCUCUGGUGCUACGGCAUCAAGUUCUCCCUGGUAGUCCUCCUCCUAGUCGUCUCCUAUUGCUCCUUCCUGUCGCAUCCGAUCGAAAUUUUCUCCGACGAUGAAGUCGAAGAGGGCAAUCUUUCCCAGGACCUGGCGGUCGCCCGGAGCUUCAUCCUGCUCGGCAUCGUCAUCCACUUCGUUACGAUUUCCACCUCGUUCGUGCACCGUGACUACACCUCGUUCAACCGGAGCCCCCUCGGCAACCUGUGCUGGGUUUCCGCCAGUGCCGCGCUGCUUCUGUUCCACACCCUGACGAUAGUGAUCCAGGUCUGCAUCGACGACUACUACUGGCAGGAGAUGGACCGCGUUUGGCCGAUUGUUCUGUUUCUGGUGCUGACUGCGUGCCUCACCUUCGCCAUGACCGAGUUCUUCAAGUGGGAGGAAAUUAAGAACAACAACCGGUACAUCCGGCGAGCACGGUUGGACUUUGGUACCAAGCUGGGUAUGAAUUCACCAUUCUAAAAA